CCGGGCUCCGAGACUGAGCUCGCGGCCGUUCCCAACGCCGAAGCAAACAUUUCUCGAGCAGGCCAAGACUUCCCACCAUCCCUUGCGCCCAGUCCAUCCCGCUGACACCAUCGAACAAUAUCAGCCUUGAGGCGCCUGGCAUCGACACAACGUAUUCUUCUCGAGCGACUUGCGACAUAUCCCCCGGGGCAAACACCACGACCAACCCCGCCUGACCUCAUCGUCAUGGCGGCCAUGCCGGCGACUCGCAUCACGAGGCCUGCGGCGAGCCUGCUGUCGGCUGCAGCACGGCGAACAUUGCCCGCCGCUGCGCACAGCGUCGCUUGCCAGUCUGCGAGGAGGAUGUAUACAGCAACCGGGCUCUCCUCUCGCACCGCCUUUACCCGGCCGAGGCUCCACGCCUCAACGACGAGCAGCGUCUUCCCCGCCACAAAUGCCUUCGCCGGCCGUGGCGCGAGGACCAUCUUCAUCCAGACAGAGUCGACACCAAACGCCGACGCCCUCAAGUUCCUGCCCAACCACAGAGUCCUGCCCGAAGAAGUCACGACCCCCUUCGUCGAGUAUCUGAACCCGCGAAGCACCAUCGCGCCGCCAUACCCCUCGCCACUCGCCGCCUCGCUGAUGAACAUUGACGGCGUGACGGCAGUGUUCUACGGCGCCGACUUCAUCACCGUGACCAAGGACACGGACGCCAACUGGGCGCACAUCAAGCCCGAGAUCUUCAGCCUCAUCACCGAGGCCAUCACCGCUGGCCAGCCGCUCGUCAUGGUCAACAAGGGCGACGGCGCGGGCGGGCAGGGUCAGGAAGGCGUAGAGAACGACAGCCUGAGCUACGACGAGAACGACAGCGAGACGGUCGGCAUGAUCAAGGAGCUGCUGGAGACGCGCAUCCGGCCCGCCAUCCAGGAGGACGGCGGCGACAUCGAGUUCCGGGGCUUCGAGGACGGGUACGUCCUGCUCAAGUUGCGCGGCGCGUGCCGGACGUGCGACUCGAGCACCGUGACCCUCAAGAAUGGCAUCGAGGGCAUGCUGAUGCACUAUAUCGAGGAAGUCAAGGGCGUCAACCAGGUCCUGGACCAAGAGGAGGAAAUCGCAUUGCAGGAGUUUGCCAAGUUUGAGGAGAAGCUCCGGCAACAAAAGGGUGCGGAUGCCGCACCGUCGACAGUUGGGAAGGGCUCUCUCGACACGGUUCCUGGCUAAACGACACCCUCGCUCCAAAAAAAAAGCUGGCGCUUGUGGCCCAUCUUAGAACUGUACGAUAUGCAAUAUCUGUAGUAUAGCAUCGUUGUCCCCAGUGGGACAACUGUCCGGCGUCCACAUAUACCAAGUCGAAAUUGUUACAAGUCAAACAAA